ACUGGCCGGCCACUGCAUCUGCCACCCAGAUACACACACUGCCACACACCAUUUGUCCGUCGCCAGUAGCCACAGAAUCCAUCGCCAGAGAGACAGCUACACACUACACUCCGCACGCCGGCAGUUCCCAUUUUGCUCCGCUCUCUACUCUUGUCCCGUUGCCGAGUUUGCGUCGGCUCGCCCGGAGGAUCGGUUCGCCAACGUUGCAGGACACUCCCCGGUCGCUCGCCGCCAUGAAGAAGGUCGUGCUGAAGCUGGACGUGCACGAUGACCGGCACAAGGCCAAGGCGCUCAAGGCCGUCUCCGGCCUCCACGGCAUCGACCAGCUGGGGGUGGACAUGAAGGACCAGAAGAUGACCAUAGUGGGCACCGUCGACCCCGUCGCCGUCGUCGGCAAGCUGCGCAAGCUAUUCCCGGGCGUGCAGAUCGUCUCCGUCGGCCCGGCCAAGGAGGAGAAGAAGGACGACAAGAAGGACGGCGGCGGGGACAAGAAGCCCGGCGGAGACAAGAAAGACGGCGACAAGAAGGACGGCGGCGGCGGCGACAAGAAAGACGGGGACAAGAAGGCCGGCGGCGACAAGAAGCCUCAGCAGGACGCGAAGCCGGCCAUGCCGGUGUACCCGCCCUACGGCUACGCGCACUACGGGUACCCGCCGCCGCCGCCGCCGCGCUACGUCGUCCACAGCGCCGAGGACGACCCCAACUCGUGCGUCAUCUGCUGAUCGCCGCCGCCGCCGCCCACCCCGGCCCCUUGUACAUUUCGUCGCUGUCCUGCCGUCCUCCGCUGCCGGUGGUUGGUGGUUGCUGUAUUCAUCAGCCUACCAGCUGCGGCCAUCGACGGCUUAGAUAUAUGACCGUGUAGUUACCGGUUUCACUGGCAGCUGCUGUUUGGAUUGUUUUUGGAGAGAUGCAGUAGUAGCACAUGCAUCUGCUGAUGAGUUUGUAGAGCGCAUGCACGAGAGCGAGAAGAACUACUAUGAAGAUGUACGUACGUACGUACGCAUCACUUUUGACAAUAUGAAUCUGAGAAUAUUAUAUCA